AUGUCCGAUUCUUUGUUUGUGUUAUUGAUUGCAAUGCAUGGAUUAUUGGGCGUGAGUAUGCCGGACAAACAGAUAUCGUUUGAGGUGGACGAAAGUAUCCGCGAAGCCAGGGUCUUGAUGCUGGAACCGCGGGAACCCGGUCAAUCGAAAGCCGUGUUCGAGCGAUCGACGGCUCCCG